UUACAGAAUGUGAAGGAGAAACUCCAAAUUUGUAAGAUUAGAGAACAAACAAAUCACAGAAACAGACUGAGAGCCGAAAGCAUUAACUGUUGGGCAGUAGAAGAGCUACGCAUGUCACAACUUGGGAGUAACUCUAUCCUACUCUUGAGUGGGCAAAGAAGUACGCUCAACUAUAUUGUAGAAUGCAAACGAAAUGAUUGCAAAUGUGUUUGUGUAGUGCCUGGUGAGUUAAUCAUCAGGUAUAAAAACCAGGAUAUCAAAAAUCCAAAAAUAACAAACAAUGGGAAAGUGACUGAUAGCCUGGGCAAAGACGUUUGCAAUCUUUUUGACAUAAAAGAGGAAGAUGAGGCACCUUAUGUUAUUUAUAAGGAUAAAGAUUUUAGGUUCAUUAAAUUAAAAUUCACCAAAUUAAGUAAAGUAACAGUAUAAAGUUGUACAUAUAUCCAUGUCUUAAGUUGGUCUAGGAGAGC